CGUGGCGCCAUCCCAUGUGACUGCGUGCUCUUACAGGGCAGUGUCGUCAUGAAUGAAGCAGAUCUGACGGGAGAGCCGAUGCCUAUUUCGAAAAUGCCUCUAGAACUCGCAAGUGCAGAAACUUUAGACCUCCAAAAACACGGGAAGAAACAUGUGCUGUACUGCGGCACACAAAUUAUCUGCUCUAGAAACGCGGCACACGACGGACGGUCCGUGCACACAUGUAGUCCGUUUCUGAAGCGAGCUUGUAAGGGGUUUUAUCAGAAGGUGGUUGGUGGAAUAAAGGGGAGCCGUUCAUCAUCUGCUCACGAACAAGGAGCUGGAGAAAUGAACGGGCGGGCAGACAGUAGUAAAGCGGGUGGACUUCACGCAGAUGGCACCAGCGGCAAAGAUGGAUUAGCAUCAGCAUUAAAGUUAAACACACCAGAAGGCAAGAACGCGCAAGUAGCAGUUUCAGCGUCGAGCACAACAGGUUGGACGAGAUCUUCCUGUUCAUCUUCAUCUGCAUCAUCAACGUCAUGUACUAUACGUGCUGGUAAAGGCAAGAAACUAACAUGUCCAGGGGGCAAAAAGAACUCUGCUACUGCUAGUACUACAGCGGCCACUAGUUGCUUGUUGCCAGAUCAAUUAGAAUGGCGCAGCAAAGCUAUACCCAGCGUGGAUCCGCGACAAAAAAUAGGAGCCAUCGCUCUAGUGAUCCACACUGGUACCCAUACAGUAGCUGGACAAACAGUGCGCAAGAUUCUGUUUCCUUUACCCCUGCGCUACAAGUUCAAAGACCAGUUUCUCUACGUGCUGGCUACUGCAGCAUUGUGCCUCGCGAUCCUGGCUGCCAUACCAGAAGUCUGCUUCAAACCUAGACAUGUACUUGUUUUGAAACUCUUGGUAGUUCUUGUCCGGUGGUCGUUUCUGCUCCUUCUAUCACUUAAUGUACUUUUUUUCAAUCAUGAUCCUGGCUUUGUUCUCUUUCAUUUUCUUACUCGUCUUACUUCUUCAUCUGGUUUGAUCAAUGAGUGCGUCCUUCAUUCCUUUGGUCUACUACUACAGCAGCUGCAACAAGUAUGAAGAUUCUUUACUUCUAGUCUUUCCAAAUCCAAAUUCCAAUUCUACCUUCUUCAGCUAUUCCAGAACACGGUAGUCGCUUUCUAAUUCUACCUUCUUCAGCUAUUCCAGAACACGGUAGUCGCUUUUAUGGACGCAUUGCGGUUGCCGUAUUUGAUGUGCAAUCCAGCCACCAUCGCUGGUCUCAUGAUGGCGCAGCGUCUGGCCGCGCAACGGCUCGCGAAAAGAAACAUCAAAGCGUUGGAGCUGCACAAACUCCUUAUGGCGGGAGAGGUUGAUGUCCAGUGUUUGGAUAAGACGGGAACGAUAACGGAAAGCUCACUGAAGUUGCACUCUGUGGAUGUUGUGGAGGGUCCUUCGUGUAGAAGCAGCUCCGCUCUUCCUCCUCUUGGACGCGACGCGGGGACCACGAACGACCUAGAUUUCAUCUCGACGUCUCCUGUUCUUCCAGGUGGGCCGCGCUUCUCUCGUAUGUCACCGUCAUCAAGAGGAGAGACCACUGCGCUUCUUGAAAAACAGCACAGUGAAGCAGAUCUUCAUUCUACUACAACAAUUGUUCCUCCUGUCUUCUCGAGGACAUCAAGAAGUAGUAUGACUAGUUGUCAUCUCCAAGAUGAGACGAGCACGCGAAGCACAACCUCUACAAGCGAAGAAGGUCCGUGUCCGCCGAGUACCCCAGUUGUAUCUAGCGGAGCAGUAGUUCUGGUACAAGAACAUCACAACUACAAUUUAGACUUGAUCGAGCAAAAAUUGUUGAAUAAAUCUGCGACGAGGAUGAAAACGUCAACAUCAUGUUUCCUGUCAACUCCGCUUGGGGGAGGACGUACACGAAGAAGGUCCACCUUCGAGCAGGGCGAGAAUUGUUUCAUAUCUGACGCGAACAAGGUCCAUCGAAGUGGUUACCGUCACGUCAAGCAAAAUAACAUAUUAAUGAUGGGAUCCCCCAACAACUACAUGCAACCGCCCUCCAGUUUUCUUCCAGACACUUGCUCCUUUCACCACGAUGAUCAUCACGUAGUUCAGGAUCCUGCUUAUAUACCAGGAACAAGUAGACCACCUUGCUUCUUUUCGGGAGGACUCGCACUCCAUCAAAUGGCCGUCGCUACGUGUCAUACAGUGACGCAGACUGACGACGGCGAGUUGCAUGGAAAUAGUGUCGAAGUGGAAAUGCUGUCAGCUGCCAAAAGGAAAUACGGUUUGGAGUUUCGUACCUCGGGUUGUAGUUCGGCCUCUGACAGCAGUAGGAGUAGAAAUACUCAAGCAUCAUCUUCAGGAAGUCCACCCUCGUCUUGUACCACGUCACGACCACGACCUGACUCUUCUCCACCUUCUGCUCGCUUAGAAGUAGAAGACGUGAAGAACCAUCACAUCAAUGAGCAAAACGACAAUCCCAGUUCUAGUGCUGGUAGUAGUGUUGAAUACGUUGAUUCAAAGACAGGCAAGGUGAUCAUGGAGACGACGCGCCAGUUUGAAUUCGACCAAAGUAGACAACUGCAGUCUGUUGUGGUGCGCUGUCCAUUGGGCGUGGAGGAGGAUUUCAAAGAUGAUGAUCAGCAGGUGGGCAACACAAACAAACACACAGUAGAUCAGAACGUGCUACUCUUCACCAAAGGUUCCUAUGAAGCUGUCGCUAAGCGUUGUCGGCCACACACGAUCCCCGUAGAUGCCCAAGGUCGGAGUAAAGGAAAGUCUAUAGAGGGCUACUACGUUAUCGCUCUGGCGUAUCGGAGACUAGAUGAAGACUCGAUGUUGGCACCAGAACAGGCAGAUGUAGUAGAUGUAAAUGGGGAAAGCAGGGCUUGCGAUUACCUUCAUCUUCAUAGCUGCUCCAUGCAGCCGGUGAAUAGUCCCUCUCCUGCUCCAAAUGGUCACGAAAUGAUUGGUCGACGUAGUGGACAAGAACUUCUGAAGAGCAGAGACGCUUUGGAAUGUGAUCUAACUUUCUUAGGACUCCUUUACUUCAGAAACGACGUCAAGCCGGACUCAGCUGCGGCGCUUCGGGUUCUGAGACAAGGUGGGAUAGCUCCAAUCAUCGUAACCGGUGACAACCUUUACACAGCGUUGCAUGUGGCACGGCGGGUUUCGUUGAUUUCAUGUGACGAGGGAAAAGACGUUAGAAGCGCAGAGAAAAGGAGCAGUAAUGCUCAACUACAGCAAGUACAAAAUGGUGAAGCAGCAGAAAGCUGUGAAGAUCAGAUCAUGAUGUAUGAUGACAAUGACGCAGACAAGAACAAAUCUUCUGAUAAGGAUCGCGUUGAAGGUGAAGUGCCAGACGACAGGCAAUACCUACUUCAAGCGGAAGAAGAUGAGCCUUCCAAAAUGAAUCUCGACGCUCCAGCAAUGACAACUUACUACUUGGCCGGUGACGUCUCAGAGUGGGAUACUUCUCAGUCUGCAGCAACUCUCUCAUGGGAAUAUGUUGACGCUGAUAUCGUCACCAAAAAUACGAGACAAGUGUGGGAAGCUUUAUUGGCACCGGUAGUCGUAGUAGAAGGCGAUGUAGGGGAUGAAGAAUCAGUGGAAGAUGAUCUUCAAGCUAGCAAAGAAAGAAAGCAACCUCCACGUAACGCCGAACAUCAUCAAAAGUUGACUAGAACAGUUGGACAAGACCUCCAAGCACGAAGAAGAAACAGCUGCGGCUAUGUGGCCACACUAGGCUGGUACAAAAGUUCUGCUCUGAUGAAGUAUGGCAGUGGUGUGUCCACUUCGUCCCCUACUUCAGCAUCACGAGGAGUGCACUCAAUGAGAACCCUCCAUCCUCAGAAAGCGUCGGAGCGAGCUGUCUUGUUUUCCGAGUUUAACUUCGGCUUUGCCUCUUCGAAUGCAAAAAACGCUUUGGAGCAAGACUUGCGGUUAGAAGAGCAUGUGGUCCAACUGCACUCUUCUGUAACUACACAAGGGCUUCAACAUAAAAACGCCAGCGGAUCGAGCUCCACUAAGACAUCAAGCAGAGCAAAUCGGAGGUACGUUUUCUGCCUUACCGAAGCCGCUUAUCGUUUACUCCAAGAACGAGACCCAGAACUACUUGAGAAAAUCCUACCCCGUGUGGUGGUCUUCGCGCGCAUGACGCCUGGUGGCAAAGUUAGUAUCAUUCGCCACUGGCAGAAUCGUGGUCACACUGUAGGAAUGUGUGGAGACGGUGGGAAUGACUUUAAGGGUAGGUUAAAGGUGCUUUUCUUACCGCUUUUUAUGCCUCUCCUAAGGGAGAAAGGCAUAACCAGCGGGGUAAGCGAGCACCAAAAACCUAUCUCUAAUGACUGUGCUGCGCUGCGUGCGGCGCACGCUGGGCUGGCUUUGAUGCCGCCACGUCCUUCACAAGCGAAAGAGGGUCUAAAUAAGGGCUCUUCUACAUUGGUUGCAGAUGAGGAAAACGGUAAAAAAACUGAUGAACGACAAAAAAAUGCCAAAGCUGAUUCCAGUGCAGCCACAACUUCUCCUUCAACCACGACUGCUUCCGCAGCUUCUAUGCGCUCCUCCGCAGCAGCUUCCGAGUCUCGAAAAAAAUCUCUAGUAGCUAGUUUCAGCAGCCAUGAUGCUUCUGAUUCCCUCUUUGCCCUUUGUGAACUCGCAAAACAAGGCAGAUGCUGUUUAGCCGUAAGUGGGAGCCUCUUCGAGUAUGGCCUAGUA